GAAGGUGCGCUCCGCUGGGACAGAGGAAGGAUAAAGAGACUGGGAGGGAGGGAAUGAGAUUUCUUGGUACCCAAUCCCCCUUUUCCCCUGGGAGAGCAAAUCUUCCAUGGUCCGUCCCUCCCUCUUGUUUGGUAAUCAUUUCAUUUUACUCCUUUUUGAAGCACUCGCUUGUUUUAUCCCACUUUUCAUUUCACAAUCCGGUGCGCGUAUGUUCGCCUUCUGAUCAACUUCGGCAUCUCCCCUCUCUUUCCUCACGACGAAAAAGUCUCCUAGAUCCCGGCUGAUUCUUUUCCUUUGAGAUGCUUAACUGUUCUAACACUCGCCCUCUCUCCACCCUCUUUUAACUUCAGACCGUUAAGCUUGAGCGAACUGAACUGAGGUUGGAAUUUAAAAUAAAGCGGAAAACCCAAAGGGAUACGACGCUCGUCUUUGGAUAAGGACCGCUAUCGCUUUCCCCCUUGUUGCACUUUGGGGAAGAUUCUUCCCAUUUCAGUUGCUCGUCGUUAAUCCAGGUGGCCUUGCUUUGAGUGAACAGGAGGAUUAUUUAGCGUGAUUUGGUGAAGAGAGAGAGAUCCCAGAAGGUUACUUUCAUGUUCUCCAUCCAGGACAGCCUCCCGCGGGGAGCCUUGACCAUGAAAGAGGAACCGCUCACGAGUGGCAUGACACCGGUCCGCUCUUGGAUGCAGAGCGCGGGGAUAUUGGACGCGAACACAGCAGCACAAAGCGGUGUAGGUCUGGCCCGGGCUCACUAUGAAAAACAGCCCCCCUCGAACCUGCGCAAAUCCAACUUCUUCCACUUUGUGUUGGCGCUGUACGACCGACAGGGCCAGCCCGUGGAGAUUGAGAGGACCUCCUACAUAGACUUUGUGGAGAAAGACAAAGAGUACAAUGGAGAGAAGACCAACAACGGCAUCCAUUACAGGCUACAGCUCCUUUACAGUAACGGCAUCAGGACAGAACAAGAUCUGUUUGUACGGUUGAUAGACUCCAUGACCAAAGUGGCGAUCCUCUACGAGGGCCAAGACAAAAACCCAGAGAUGUGCCGCGUCCUUCUCACCCACGAGAUCAUGUGCAGUCGUUGUUGUGACAAGAAGAGCUGUGGAAACCGCAAUGAGACGCCCUCUGACCCGGUCAUCAUUGACAGAUUCUUCCUGAAGUUCUUCCUCAAAUGCAAUCAGAAUUGUUUGAAAAAUGCAGGGAACCCACGAGACAUGAGACGGUUUCAGGUGGUGGUCUCCACUACGGUGAAUGUGGAUGGCCAUGUCCUUGCUGUCUCCGACAACAUGUUUGUCCACAACAACUCCAAACAUGGCCGGAGGGCUCGACGCUUGGACCCCUCUGAAGCAGCUACGCCCUGCAUCAAAGCCAUCAGCCCGAGUGAGGGGUGGACGACCGGGGGAGCCACUGUCAUCAUUAUCGGAGACAACUUCUUUGAUGGACUGCAGGUGGUCUUCGGCACUAUGCUGGUCUGGAGUGAGCUAAUUACCCCCCACGCCAUCCGGGUCCAGACGCCCCCUCGCCACAUCCCAGGGGUCGUGGAGGUCACACUCUCCUACAAAUCCAAGCAGUUCUGCAAAGGGGCGCCAGGGCGGUUUGUCUACACUGCCUUGAAUGAGCCUACCAUCGACUACGGCUUCCAGAGGCUACAGAAAGUCAUCCCCAGACACCCAGGAGAUCCCGAGAGGCUACCUAAGGAAGUGCUGUUAAAGAGAUCAGCAGACUUAGUAGAGGCCCUGUAUGGAAUGCCCCACAAUAAUCAGGAGAUCAUCCUGAAGCGGGCAGCGGACUUGACCGAGGCCCUGUACAGUGUCCCCCGCAGCCACAACCAGCUGCCCUCGCUCAGCGGCUCGGCAGCUCACUCCGGCAUGAUGGGAGUCAACUCCUUCAGCAGCCAGCUGGCAGUCAACAUCUCUGAGGCCUCGCAGGGGGACCAGGGUUACUCCCGUAACUCCAACAGUGUAUCGCCCCGUGGCUACGUCCCCAGCUCCACGCCACAGCAGUCCAACUACAACACCAUCACGUCCACCAUGAACGGCUACGGAGCGGGCAUGACCAACCUGGGGGUGCCAGGCUCACCCAGCUUCCUCAACGGCUCUGCCGCCAACUCCCCCUACGCAAGAUCAACCACCUCCCCCUCCUCCUCCUACUCCUCCUCCUCCUCCAUCCCUCUGUUCUCCGGUGGACCCAUAGGCCCUUAUUCAUUCUCUCCUGUCCAUAUGAUCUCUGCAGUCAAACAGAAGAGCGCCUUCGCCCCUGUCGUGCGGCCACAGACCUCCCCGCCCCCCACCUGCACCACCACCAAUGGCAGCAGCCUACAGGGUUUUGCAGCAAAUCCAUAUGCAUAUCAUAAUUACCUCAACACACGGCUUUUCAUUUAAGAGGCCAUGGCAGGUCUCAUAGUCCCACCUAUGUGAAGAAGACCUUCCGCCAGACAGACCACAUUUCCACUGGCUCACAGAAUAUCUACAACAGAAGCUUAAAGCUCAUCAAUCUCCAAAACAGGACCAUGAAGCCCCUUCUCUCCUGGAAACAGAGCAAACAGCACAACAAAGAAAAUGACAGUAACCGAUAACCCGUAAAAUGUCACUAGAGUAUGUUUGUGUUGGUUCAGUAAUUGAGUUCACCGUCACCUUCUGUGCUUUGCAUUUUGGGACUUUCCUUGCCCAAUGGAUAGCAUUCCAACAUAUAUAUGUGUGAAGGGUUAGCUCAUCUGAAAAUAUAGCGAAUAAUAAACUGUGGAUUUGAAAGGCAGGUAGUUAAUCCUUGUGGUGUGAGUAUUGUCCUGAGUCCUAAACAAGAAAAGUCAUUUGACUGGAUCUUCUAAUGAACCGAGUUCCUUUUCAGUCAUUUAACCACUGUGAGCAGGGAACGUGGAAAGGCCUACAGUUCAAAACUGUCAGCUAUGGAAAAAGUGCAGAAUCCAAGAAUAUCAAACUCUCCGUCAAUUGUCAGACUCAAAAUAGGUGGGAGUUUCAAUGAAAAUUCCCCCCAAUGUCUAUAAAAAACCCGCUUCAAAAGACCAUUGAUAUCUAAUGUCAAAGUCUAAUAGCAUUUUUGUUUGUGUACCAUAGCUUUUAAUAAUGUGUGUGUUUAUCAUAUUUAAAGGGAAAUGCAGUAAUUUUCUAAUCUAAAGAAAGGGUUGGCAAACAUUCUGCCAAGGAGAGAAAAGCAAAUGUUAUACUAAUAUUUGCCCACUACCAGAGUCAUGCCAGGGCAGCCCAAGGUUGUGAGGUUCAAAGGUUUUGGAUGUCUACCAUUUUUGAAACACAGUACAAAAGAUAUAUUUCCGGGGUGUGUUGAUUGAUAGAUUUUAACCAGAAAUGCUUGCAGCAGUUUUAAUCACAUUUAGGUACCAGAGUUCUUGUUAUUCUUCUGAUUGUGCUUAUUUUGUAUGUAUUUAUAAAGUAUGUUUUGGGAUUCCUUUUGUGAUUUUGGCCUGAAUGAUAGUCUCAAAUAUACAUGUAAACACAUUCGAUGUCUUAAUACCUUUUAGAUAUUGUAAAAAGAUUGAAAAAGGAGAGGAACAACCCUUUUGUAAAAACUAAAAAAGUUGAAACAUGACAUGGUCACCCUGUCUUUUAAAGCAGGAUAUAUGCUCCACCACUUUUGUAUAAAAAUGCAUUUCCGAUACUAUAUUUAACUUUUUUUUUGUACACAGCAUUUGUGUUUCCCCCCGUUCUUCUUGUCCUUUCUGUGUUACUGUGAAAUGUGUAUUAUCAUGGUUAUUUCUUAAUGCACUAUUUUAGUUGGGGCACUUACAAGAGCAAUGCAUCUUAGCAAGCAAGAAAAACUUAAAGCAAAAGACAAAAGCUAGUACAAAUAUUAACCAAGAUGUUUUUUGGGGGGGGAUUCACAUUUUUGUCAUUGUGGCUGAAAUGGAAAGGUCAUUGUCAUGUGAAUGUCUCUAGUUCAAAAACUCUUCUAUCAUAAACCUCCGUUAGUUCAUUGGUUAGAAUUCAACUCCUUUCCCAUAUCAUUUGGACCCAAGCCUAUUCCUUGUGUUUUGGUGAGAAUGAAUGUAACACACAUGCCUGUACGAAUCAGCUCCGAAGUUGAAACCCAAGUAAACUGUCAAUAACUGUAGAAGGACCACUCAAGUGUAGGGUUCAACUCUCUCAAGGAACCUUGAUGUUAGUGUUUUUGGUGGUGGUGGUGGUGUUAUUGCCGUUGCACACAAACUAUCAUUUACUUAUGCAAUUUGUAUUUACUGUAAUGCAAGUUAUCUCUCCACAUUUCAGUGGAAUGGUUUUGAAACAUAAAAGAACACAAGACAUAAUUGAUGCCUUACAAUAGAACAUGAUCCAACUUAAUGCAUUUUCAUUAUUUUGAUACUCUAAUUGAAGUGUGGUUAAUUUGAGUUAUGCUUUUGCAGAUGUUUAAGAAUUAGUUAAAGUUGUCAUUCAUUUGAUGCUUUUGAUUAAUUUAAUAACACAGGCCCAUCAUUUGAGCUGCAGAGGAUGUAGUUUAUACUGGGAAAUGUUGGAGGGCACUUCCUGCUCCAAAUGUCCACAUGUCUUGUGUAAUAGUGAACAAUAGGUGACAAAUCAAUGAUGAGCCUGAUUAAAUCUUUGAUUGUAUGCAAAUUCUGUGCAGUGAUUGCCAUACAUCGGCAAUCAUCGGGCGGCAUCAACUUGUAGUCAUAAUGAGGGCUUGUAAAAAAAAGCGGAAAAAUCUGUUACGCUUUUUUGAAAGCCAUUUUUCAAUUACGAGAAUGAAGGCCAGCUCAUAGAAUGUCUUUUAGAGUGCACUUGUACACUUCACAAAACAUCUGAAUUCAAUAUCAUGGAGUUCUAAACCCAUUUUCAAUGAAAACACAAGUUUUCUCUUCAAGUUAAAUCUUGGCUGACUUUUCACAAUCCUCCCCUUCACCCCCAUUCCCUGUAUCCAUUCCAUCCAUAUACUGAGUUUUAAAUAGCUUGAUUUAAAAAAUGUUUUGUCAUAGUUGUAGAAAGCUUGCUUUUUGCUGCCCUGGUUUUCAGCAGAGGUUUUUUAAAUUGUAAAGUGUACUUUCUCAAUGUUUAAUUCAAUGUGAAAAGGGGAGAGGUACUGCAUCUAUGUGAAAUAUGAAAUGUACCAUCAAAGUGUAUCAAAGCACAAUGUUUAAUUAAUGUCUUCAGAAUACAAAUGAGGGGGAUCUCUCCAGCUUCUCCUUUUCUGUCUUUGACCAUGCUGUAAAUAGAUGCAUGUUUCUUUCUGUGAUCCAGUAGUUUUUGUACAGAAACAGACUAAUAAAGAAUACAUUUGGCCUCAA